UUGACCUAUGACCUGAGUGAAGUUGAUGAUAACAGUGAAAGUGUACAACAUGGCCAUGCAGUCUAGAAGUUUGAUAAAUGGCAUUUGUAGAGCUGCACUGAAUUUACGGACCCCAUUGUGUAGUCUGUUGCCAAGGAAGCUCAACCGGCACAGCUCCACCACCAGCACAAGUAAUGGGCUUGACAAGCUUUAUGAACUGCGCAUCUAUCAAAUUUGGCCAAAGGAAAUGAAACCAUUCAUUGAGCUGAGCAAAGAGUGGAUUCAUCUGAGAACAGCUCACUCGCGUCUGGUUGGUUACUGGGUCAGCGAAAUUGGUGGCUUGAAUGAUGUUGUCCACAUAUGGGAAUAUGAUGAUUUGAAUCAGCGGGCAAAAGUGCGCCAAGCUCUGGCUGACGACCCUAACUGGAUCAGUAGUUACUUCAGCAAGAUAUUACCAAUGAUGUCUCGUCAGGAAAACAUGUUACUCCAAACUGUCGGGGACUGUUAUCUCGUUCAGCCUGAUCUCAGAGGUGUUUAUGAGCUGGACACGAUGAACCAAGGAACAGGUCACCAAUUUACAGCCAGCAAGGGUGAUGCCAAGCUGCUUGGUACCUUUCAAAGUAUUCUAGGACCAACUGACACAGGAUACCAGCUGUGGUUCCAUUCCUCUGCUCAGCAGGGUGUAGAAAACCAGAUCAAAGGCUACAAUAAAGCUGACCAAGCGAAAGGAGGAGGAGGACAUAGACGACUGCUGAUUCCCACACCCUGGUCUCCCCUACAGUAGAACAGAUGAUAGCUGAUUCCCACACCCUGGUCUCCCCUACAGUAGAAGAGGAGGUCAUCUUCCCACAUAUCUGUUGUUAUACAAGACAAAGUUAAGAAGAAUCUUGCUGAUACAGCCACCAGUUUCCUGAAAAGUAAUACAACGGGGAAGUGACUGAAUCGGUUGAAUAUGAAAUUUUUUAAUCCUUUUUCUUACUAUUUCAUAUGAUUUUUUUUUUAGUUUUUAGCACACCUGUAUACAAAUCACUUAUUAUAUAUAUACUAUAUCAUGUUGUUAAAAGUAAUUACCAGGUACAAUACCUCUCCACAGGAAGGUGGACAGGACAUGCUCUAGUUUGAAUAUUUUGUAGACUCAUUUUAUAUUUUUACUCGAAAAUUUCAUAUAUAUAAAACAAAACAUGAUUUCAAAUUGCCUGAAGAGCCCCAAGAUGGGCGAAAGUGCUAGCGAAAUUUAACCUUCGUGUUUUGUUUUAUAUAUAUUUUUACUGUCACAUGGAGGUUAAAAACUUUUCACUGCUAAAAUUUUAUAUAUUGUUUUGGAGACUUAUAAAUCUCAAUACUGAUACAUACAAUGUAAAUGAUAAUGUUAAUCCUACUUGAAAUAACUUAAUUAUGUGGGAAGUUUUUUGUUAAAGAUUUAUCAGCUAUCGGUGCUAUUAUAUAUAUCCCCAGUGUUCUUUAUCCUAAAUAUGUCAAAAAAGUCAGGUUGCUAGUUAACUGUUGAUUUAUAGUUAUACAUCGAUUCAUAUAUAUAUAUAUAUAUGUAUUGUGUCAUAUAUCACAAGUGUAAUAUGAAAGCAAAUUUGUCUGAAAUGAUGUCAAUUAAUUUUUACAGGAAUUUUUUUAAAUACGUUAAGAAAUCCAGUUUUAAUACUAGUCGUAAAGCUUCUGUUUACUUGUUACGUUUUUGGAAUACAUUAUGUGUUGAUUGUUUGCCUAUUAUACAGAAUAUCCGUCAAGGAAAUAUGCAGGCUAGUAACUUAUAUAUAGAUAUAAUUUUGUCUUUGCAUUUCUAGGUCACCUGAGCUUUAGCUCAAGUGACCUAUUGCUGUCCG